AUGAAAACGACGUCGAAGAGUUAUUCCGUAGCAGUAGCUGCCUUGGUCAUCGUUCUGGUUAUGUUUCUUGGUCUCUUCUCCUCCGUGUCCAAUGACUCCGUUCUUCAGUUGAUUCGUUCGCUACGUUUCUCUCAAGGCACAAGAACAGAACAGGCCCCACAUGACAUGACUUCCGCAGCAAUCACAUGCGACCGAUCUCACACUAACUACGAUGUCUGCUCAAUAAACGGCUCCUGCAAUCUCGACACCAAAACCGGAACUUUCACUCUCAUGGACCCCACCUUCGCCACAUCAGCACCUUUUGUCGAGAAGAUCAGGCCAUACGCAAGAAAAGGAGACGAAUGGGUCAUGUCUAUGAUCAAAGAGCUAACACUAACCUCAGGCCCAUUGGACCUCACCUUGCUCCGAUCAUGCGACAUAACACAUGAUUCGCCGGCGGUUGUAUUCAGCGCCGGAGGGUACACCGGAAGCAUAUAUCACGAUUUCAUCGACUGUUUCAUUCCGCUAUUCAUUACCGCCAAUUCGUAUUUCCCCGACCGUGAUUUCAUCCUCGUGGUAGUGGAUCCUAAGGAGUGGUGGAUGCCAAAAUACGUCGAUCUUCUAGGUGCGUUUAGCAAACACAAAACCAUAUUAUUACUAGACAAAGAAAAUGCUUCUUCUAUCACACAUUGCUUCCCUUCAGCUGUUGUGGGCCUUAUUUCACAUGGGCACAUGAGAGUGAACCCAAGCCAAAUACCCAACUCCAAAUCAUUGGUGGACUUCCACAAUCUUUUAGACAAAGCCUUCAAAACGAACAUAUCUACUCUCAAAACCAACAAGCCUCGUCUCAUAUUUGUCAGUCGAUAUGGUAACGUUAGUCGUGUGAUAUUAAACGAGAAGGAGGUCAAAGAGAUGCUUGAAGAUGUUGGAUUCGAGGUAAUCACAUUUAGACCAUCGAAAAAGACGAGUUUGAGAGAAGCGUAUAAACUUAUAAAGUCGAGCCACGCUAUGGUUGGCGUUCAUGGUGCGGCACUAACUCAUUUCUUGUUUCUUAGACCCGGUUUAGUGUUUGUUCAGGUUGUUCCGGUUGGGCUAGAUUGGGCGGCUAAUACGUGUUUCGAAAAACCGGCUAAGGCAAUGAAGUUGGAGUAUAUUGAGUAUUCGGUGAAUGUGGGAGAAAGUAGUUUGGUAGAGAAAUAUAGUAGAGAUGAUUUGGUUUUGAGAGAUCCUAUAGCUUUUAGAGGUUUGGGUUGGAAUGUGACUAGAAUGAAUGUUUAUCUAAAAGAACAAGAUGUUAGACUCAAUGUGAAUCGGUUUACGAAACGUAUGAACAAAGCAUACGAGAAAGCUAAAUCUUUUAUGGACAUAGACCGUUGA